UGGAAAGUAAUGUUGACACCUUGGAAACUUCCUUUGAAACUUCGCAACUUCCGAGACUAUGCUAUAAUUUUCUUUCUCUCUCUACUAUCAAUUCCACAAAAACCAAACCAACACAAACCAAACCCAUAUAUAUCGCCAUAGGUAUAUGAAUGAAUUGAACCAUACAUAUAUACAUACAACUUGACAAACCCACUCCCCAAAUCUUCCCUAUUUGAAGCCCAAGGCCACCCAUAUCGGAAAAAUGGCCGGAAUGUUGCCCGGAGUAGAGAUUCAUCGGAGGAGAUCAAGGACGACAAAUCCUCAACGCCUCCACGAGGACACUCCUUACGCCCCUGGACACCCCUUUUACAGAUCUAUGAUGCCUACCUCCACCUCCGCCAUGGAUGAAACUGCUAUCAAAGCUCGCCAACGCCUCGCCCAGAAACUUGGCUAUUUCCGCCCUUCAAGGGUGAAUAGAUUUCAAUCAAAAGAAGGUAGAGGCAGAGAGGGUAGUGAUACUCACUUGGUUUCAAGAAUAAUAGGGAGACCAUGGCACUUCCAAAGCAACAACACUAGCCAAUCAAAAGGGCAGCUUUGUGUUGUUUGCUUGGAAGAUUUUGGAGCAGAGCAUAAGCAAGUCAUGGAACUUCCAUGUUCCCAUAAAUACCACUCAAAAUGUCUCCAGCCGUGGCUUGCUGCUCAUCCCAAUUGCCCCAGCUGUCGAAGCCCCGUUUUGUCCUAACUAAUGUCAACUUUUAUGUAGUCUUCAAUUUACUAGAAUGAAUUUCGGACAGCAAUUGCAUGACUAGUCCUUGUUAUAUUGUGAAUGGUAAUUCUGAACUUUAUUAACAUGCAUUGUCCUUUUAUGCCCAUGGUUGUUGCAAUUAAAGUGAUAUGAAGAGAAAAUUAAGAUGGGAUUCCCAUUGAUCUAAUUUGGUUUCAGUA